CGUGGGCGAUGCUUCGGUUACAACUGGGCUCCAAGCCGGUAUCGGGUUUAUCUCACUCAGCGCGGUUAUUCACGGCUGCCCUUGUCCAUCCUUCAGAGUACCACACUGCCCUCAAAUACUCUGGCUAGCACAAUGUAGCCCUCCAUAUUUUGCUGUUCCACAGGAUAUACUCCUCUAGAUGCUCGGUAUGAAGUAUAUACCCUCACCACAAGCCCUCCGGCUCUUGUCAGGUCUUGUGCGAGGCCAGAACCCCGCCUUCAAACCUCGAACCUCUGCCCCCUUCCUUCGCAUGAGCCAACACUUCCAUACCGCGACACGACUCGACCGAAUAGAGACACAUAUACUUUCAGACAUUGGCGAAGGUGUGAAAGAAGUCCAGAUCAUCCAGUGGUUCGUGGAAGAAGGGGCGCCCAUCGAAGAAUGGAGUCCGCUCUGUGAAGUCCAGAGCGACAAGGCUUCGGUCGAGAUCACCUCCAAGUACACUGGCGUAAUAAGGAAGCUCCACUUCGGUCAGGAUGCUGUCGUCCAGGUCGGCGACCCUCUCCUCGACAUUGAAGUGGAAGGCGGUUCCGAACCUCAAGAAACUGGGGAGCAGGAAACAAGAGACGAUUCCGGGGCCGUGGCAGACGCCGAGCCUGCCGCCGCAGGUGAUCAGGCGGCUUUGCAGAACGAAACUGGACAGUCAGAACAAGCGACGCCUGAACGUGACGAGCCUCGUACGCCAGGCAAACAUGCUUCUCUCGCAACUCCCGCGGUAAGAGGCCUACUGAAAGAACACGGCGUGGCGAUCGAAGAUAUCACGGGCACCGGCAAGGAUGGACGCGUCCUCAAGGAGGAUGUCUACAUGUAUCUCAAACAGGGCGCCGUACAACCCUCUGCACCGGUGUCGGUAUUCUCUAGACCGACCGUGGACGCGACACAAACUGAGACAGCGCAGAAAUUGACCCCCGUCCAGUCCGCCAUGUUCAAAAGCAUGACCGGGUCAUUAUCGAUCCCGCACUUUUUGUUCUCCGACACCAUCGACAUCACCACCUUGGCUUCCAUGCGGACACGGCUGAACGCUACAAGAAACCCCGAGACGCCAAAACUGACGUACAUGCCAUUUAUCAUCAAAGCUGUCUCUCUGGCGCUCAAUCAGUAUCCCCUGCUCAACGCGCGGUUAGAUCUAAGCAGUGAUCCAAAGAAGCCCCAACUCAUGAUGCGGAGUGUCCAUAAUAUUGGUGUUGCGAUGGAUACGCCGAACGGAUUGAUCGUGCCGGUGGUGAAGAACGUCAAUGCGCGGUCGAUCACGAGCAUUGCGCAAGAGGUCCAGCGGCUCGCGGCGCUCGGGCAGGCCGGAAAACUGAGUGGUAAUGAUCUUUCUGGAGGUACGAUCACCGUGAGUAAUAUCGGCAAUAUCGGUGGGGAGGUUGUGGCGCCGGUGAUUGUGGAGGGCCAGUUGGCGAUUAUGGGCGUGGGCAAGAUAAAGACUGUGCCCGUGUUUGCCGACGACGGCGUGAGUGUACGUCCGGCGCAGAUGGCCAGUGUGAGUUGGAGUGCGGAUCAUAGGGUCGUGGAUGGGGCCACCAUGGCGAGGAUGGCGACGGUCGUGCAGAGAUAUCUGGAGGAGCCGGCCAGUAUGGUUAUCGACAUGAGUUGAAAGAACUUAGGUGUCACCUGGGUGUUUGGACAAGUGGCUUGUGAUGCUGACUUACGACUAAAACAUAAGUUCACGUCGAGGCGGGCAGUUACUCUGCGGAGCAACGCUCGCGUGUCUCGACCGGCAAUGAGGUCAGAAGCUAUUCACGCUGCCGACACGAGGACUCGACGGACUUCUUGCAGCAAUGCUGGCGUGACUGGAGUUGUUCCGAACGCCGAUUCUGGAAGGCAAGAGGCUGCGAAGGAUGACAGGCUUGGCUACAGAUCAAAUAUGCCAAUGGGCGUCAACUAGAGAGCUUCAAGGCUGAAGCUGACCCGCUAGAUGUUGCUAUAGGUUCAGAUGAUUGUGACGAGGAGACGAACGAAUGGAGUCAUAUAGUUCGAGGCGAUGUAGACGGAAAGAGCAUGACUUAAGAGAUCUGGGCGCCAAUUCCAGAUAUAUAUGACAGCGUUAUUCUCGAAUGGAUCUUUUAUGCCUCACGUCUCCUCUCCCUCUAAGCACUGCCU